GUGCCGUGCGUCACUUCCGCCGGCGGCUUGCCGGGAGCAGUAUGGCGGAAGCGGGGGAGCUGCUGCCUGUCUCGCCUCAGAGCGAGGGCCGCAGGGAGGGCGGAGAGGACACCCAGGAGGGCGGAGCCGCAGCAGGGACUGCCGACCCGGCUCCCCCCUCGGCUGGCUCGCCGGGCACCGAAGAACCUGCCGGCGACACUAAAAAGAAAAUCGACGUGCUGCUGAAGGCGGUGGGGGACACCCCCAUCAUGAAGACCAAGAAGUGGGCGGUGGAGCGCACCCGCACCAUCCAGGGCCUCGUCGACUUCAUCAAGAAGUUCCUCAAGCUGAUGGCCUCCGAGCAGCUGUUCAUAUAUGUGAAUCAGUCUUUUGCUCCAUCCCCAGACCAGGAAGUUGGGACCCUCUAUGAGUGUUUUGGAAGUGAUGGCAAGCUGGUACUACAUUAUUGCAAAACCCAGGCAUGGGGAUGACUGACAGGCAAUACAGCUGUUUAGGUGCAAUCUUCAGAAAUGGAAAAGGGACUAACCUUCAGAAACUCUGCCUAUAAACACAGAGAAAGAAGGAUUUGUUUUAACGUUUCUGCCUAUGACUAUACCUUUAAAAACAAUGCAGAUGAAUAGCAUAAAAGAAGAGCUACCUAGGCUAUCCAAUCAUGUAACUUUCUUCUAGUGCCAUCUGGGAUACAGAAAUCUGCAUGUGCCAUCUGUAGAAUAGAGCCAGCUCUCUUGCUGCUGAGCUCCCAGUUGCUGUAUUUGAAGGGAAACUGCUUAAUGUCUUGAGGACUGGACCAUUCUGUCACUCGAUGUGCUGUACUGAAGAUAGAGCUUCUUUUUAUUAAAAGGGAUAUUUAUUGCA